AUGAGGUCUCUCAUGGUUCCCCAGCGCCGCCAGGUGUGCAGGGGUCAGCCCGGAGCGCCCCCGCCAGGCUGGGCCAGUGGGCUCUCUGGGGAGCUCAGCGCACGGCCCCACCCUGCAGCUGGCCAGGGGGAGGGAGCGGCCCUUCUCGCUUUCCCGUCCCCAUGUCCUGCGCGGGGCUCCGUCACGCUCUCCCCACGGCCCUGGCGCCACGGGGCUGUGAUUGGCCGGCACAGCGCCCCUUCCCCAGGACCCGCUGGCAUCUUGGGAUACCCGCGCUUCGGGGCGCCGGCCUGUCCCUCCCCCUGGCCCCCCACCUCGCCCAUCCAGGUUCCCAUCUGGCAGCAGCGGGCCUCGUCCUCUCCUGGCGGCCCGCAGGGCCAGCAGCGUCCGCAGGGCCUCCGGCGUCCGCCGCACCCCCUGGCCUGCCGAUCCCCCUUCCCCCCUCCCGUCAGCAUUGCCCAAAUGGUCUGCGACAGUGUUCGCCAGUGUCCUCUCCUCCCAAGACCCCCCACCCGUCCCCCUCUGGCCCGUGGCCCCCUGGCCACAGGGUUCGCGGGCCCUACCCCACCUCCUGCCGGGUCACCCCUUCCCACCAUCGCCCCUCCAUCGGGCCGUCCUGCAGACGCGCCCCGGGGCCAGGAGCCCCCGCCGCAGGGCACCCGUCUAAGACUCAGGGUUCUGAUGCCUGCUGUGCAGUGGGAGCCGACUGUGGAGGGAAGCGGCCACAGCCCCGCUGCGGGCAGCCGUGGGCCUCCGGGGCUGUGGGAGGCUGUUGCGCCUGGAGGAGAGGGAGAGGGCUGUCUGGAGGGGCCUCGUGGAGGCGUCGGGGGGACCCCCACACCAUCCUCCCCUCCCUUCCCUGCAGGGCCCAGGACAGCCAGGGCUCCUCCCGUUUCCCGCCCCUGGGAGCAGCAAGCAGAGGCCCGAGGGGCCAGACGGUGGGGACCCCGCGACCCAACUCUUCCGUGCGCCCAGCUGGCCCAAGCGGCUCCAGAUCGGAGCGCCAAAAUUCGGCAGCCCCUGGCCCUAGGGAGCCUUCUCAGUUCCGAUCACCGCCCUCCGGCGGCGGCCGGCGGGCAGAAGUCCUGCGCUGAAGGCACACCCUGCCACCGGCGCCCCCUGGCCAGGAAGCACGGCCUUUGCGGGCCAGGGGAGCCAGGCCCCGCCUGCCGGUGGCCCCGAGAGGCGAAAAAGAUCAAGCGAACGCAGCCUGCCCGGACCCCAGCCUCGAGCUCUGCUUCCUACUGCCAGGAGCAGAUGGGCAGCCAGGCAGAGCUUGAGGACCCCCUGCACGAGGCCCUUCCGGAGCGGUCAGCCCCCUUGCUCACUCUGUGCACAUCCUGGCGGGGGGUGGAGGGGGGUGGGCAAGGGGCAGGUCCCACCCCGAGUGGAGCCUCUGCGGGGCCCUGGGCCAGGCCUAGGCCAGAAGCCAGGCCAGAAGCCCUGCUCCAGGCACAGGCCCAAAGCCCCAGGAGCGACCCGCCCUGCCCGCCGCGCCCAGCUCUCGCUCACACUCCUGCGCCUGACUUCUGGCCCCCAGACUCCUCCAGUCCGAUCUCUCUCUCAGCACACACGCGGCCGGUCUCCAAAUCAGAUACGGGUCGCCUGGGUCCCCUUCGACCACUCACGGCUCUGCACCCGCCGUCCCUGCCCGCUCUUGAUGGGGCACAUGGACGCACUCGGGCCUGUGUUACUGCCAGAGACCCACCUGCUUCGGGGGCGGGGGCGAGAAGCCCUGGCGUGUCCAGCUGA